AUGUAUCGUUUUGUUGUGGCAAUUUUUACGGUCAGUACGAUGGUCUCCGUCAUAUAUGUCGCGGAUGCAGAUUCACAAUUUCCGUUUUGUCGUUUUGGUGGUUACGUUCAUACUUUGUUAGCCUUGCUGUGUUACACCUGUAGUUAUAGCUGGGCCAGCGUGGAUGACGCAUGCAUAGUGAAGCCGACACACCAAACAAACUGCACCAAGAAGUACUGCACUAUUGUUCGCCAGGAAUUGGUGCGGGAACACGGCAAAGUGGCAACGUUUCUGCGCGGGUGUGAAGAUAAAUUGCAAGAAUACAAUUCUGUGGUGACGGAUUCGACAUACAAAACCUAUUACCGGUCUUGCAUUUCCGAUCUGUGUAAUGAUUCGGAUGGUAGACGCCCCAUUUCAAGCGCAGACCCCAACAUCGGUGCAAUGGACAACAUGAUUAUCAAAGGCAAGCCCCGAAAAUAA